CCAAUGCCCUUUACCCCAACCCCCAUUUUCUUUUCAGUCAUUGUGUGGGGUUGUAGCUAUGAUACACUCACCACUACAACUCUCGUGUCAACAUUAAAAAACAUUUAUCAAAGUAGCAAAUCAGGAUCUGCUGCUUCACUGCUUCUUCACCCUUUGUCUUCUACCUUCUGGAAUUUUCUAUGGAGACAGAGAACGGGGAUACCAAGUCCAGAAAGAUGGAAGACUAUGAAGUGAUAGAGCAAAUUGGAAGAGGGGCUUUUGGCUCUGCCUUCCUCGUUCUUCACAAGUCCGAGAAAAAGAGGUAUGUGCUGAAAAAGAUUCGGUUGGCCAAACAGACAGAGAAGUUCAAACGUACUGCACACCAAGAGAUGAACCUGAUUGCAAAACUGAAUAACCCAUACAUUGUGGAGUACAAAGAUGCUUGGGUGGAGAAGGAGGACCACAUAUGCAUUAUAACAGGCUAUUGUGAAGGAGGUGACAUGGCAGAUAACAUAAAGAAAGCUCGAGGGUCAUUUUUUCCUGAAGAGAAAGUCUGCAAAUGGCUGACUCAGUUGUUGAUAGCUGUUGACUACUUGCACUCUAAUCGUGUAAUCCACAGAGAUCUUAAGUGUUCCAACAUAUUUCUCACCAAAGACAACAACAUUCGGCUUGGUGACUUUGGUCUUGCAAAGCGACUUAAUGCAGAAGACCUUACUUCCUCGGUUGUUGGAACUCCAAAUUACAUGUGUCCUGAGCUCCUCGCUGAUAUACCUUAUGGUUAUAAAUCAGAUAUGUGGUCUCUUGGUUGCUGCAUGUUUGAGAUUGCUGGACAUCAACCUGCAUUUCGUGCUCCAGACAUGGCUGGACUUAUCAAUAAAAUAAACAGAUCCUGCAUUUCUCCCCUGCCAAUUGUUUAUUCUUCCACACUGAAACAACUUAUCAAGAGCAUGCUUAGAAAAAAUCCAGAGCAUAGGCCAACCGCGGCUGAAUUGUUAAGGCAUCCGCUUUUACAACCUUAUGUUCUUCGUUGUCAUAAUGCAUCCUCUAAUAUUCUUCCAGUAUAUCCCAUAGUUAAUUCAAAGGAUAAAACAAGAAGAUCAAAUAAAUCUAGUGGUGGUAAGGACCAUAAGGACAAAGAAGCAAGCUUAGUAAAUCGUUUGGAACGGAUUCAUCCAAUUGAGGGAAAUGGAGAUAUACUCGUAAGCAAUCUUCCUAAUGAUGCUGUUACCAUCUCAACCAGUGCAGAAGACAAUAUUGAGACCAGGAUGGUUGAUCUUACCAGCUACAUAGUGGAAUCUUCUACUAGUAUUAGCGGCUCAAAAGAUGGGUCAACAACAUCUGAAUCAACUGUUUGCAGUGUGUGCAAGGAGGACUUUAAAGGUAGACCUGCAAGGGAAACGAAUAACAACGAAAUCUGUUUAAAGAUUUCACAAGAAUCACUGCAUGAGGAACAGAUAUUUGCUGCUAAACAUUUUCAUAAAUUAGAAGAUGUCAUUAAUGCAGUGAACCCAGAAGUUGAAGACGGUUCUUGCAAUGAAGGUUUGGACAAUGCUGAAGCACCAAGGGAAGAUUCGAGCCUUGACAUCUCUGGUAAAUCAACAAUGUCCAGUGCAGGCAGUAGCAGCACUGAUAAAGAUAAGUCCAUCAAUGAGGAAAAGCCAUCACUAACUGUGAAUCAUAUUACAGUCGAACAUGAUACCGAAUCUGGAAACCAAUUGAAUGUAUUUACAGAAGGCUCACACAUGAACGGCUUGACAUCUGAUUGUAAUGAUGCACGUGGAGUUAAGGAUGAUGACACAGCUAACAGACACAUUCUCUCCACGCAUAAAGAUGAUAACACGGUGGAGGUUGAUCAGACAAGUGGCGUUUCAUUGAGUGUAAUAACAGAAGUGGUCGGCGACGAGACAAAUCUGUUGGAUAGUCCCUGCCAACAAAGAGCUGAUGCUCUGGAAUCUCUGCUCGAAUUAUGUGCUCAGCUACUCAAGCAAGAUAAACUUGAAGAGCUUGCUGGGAUUCUGAGACCAUUUGGAAAAGAAGCUGUAUCAUCAAGAGAAACAGCAAUAUGGCUGGCAAAAAGCCUCAUUUCUGCCCAAAAAUUUAAUCCUCAGACCUAGUUACGAGAGGUUCUGUUUAUAAGUUUAUAGAUAUUGUAAGAAACGUGUAAUUCAAAUGUUACAUGAGUUUGUUCCGUUGGAGAUUGUUGCAUGGUUGAAGAUUGGAGACACGAAGAUAGCUUGCCAUAUCUUCUUUCUUGGUACAGUAAGUGGUUAUAGUAAAUGAAUUAAAUUAUUUUAGUUAGGUUAA